AUGCUCAUGGAGUUCUUGUGCCUCUUUUUCCUCGGAAUCGUGCAGCAGCUCCUGGAGUGCGUGUCCCUGCAGAAGGCCGAGGCCAAGACGUUGCAGCGCAAGAAGCUGACGGUGCUGUAUUGGUGGCCGCUUCUGGUGUGGCUUUGUGACUUCACUCUGUCGCUGGCCCGCGGCACUCUGCUCGGCCUUUGCUUCCUCCUGCUGCUGCUGGGGAAGAUUUUCAACAGCACCAGUGGGCUGUCCAUCCGGGUCAACUGGGUUUGGCGUGCACGGCUCUUCGCGCUGCUGUUCUUGUUGGUGGGCUUAGCCUUCCAGUCCCCGCUCUUGCCCUGCAGCCGCGCCUCCUGCGUAGACGGCUUGCAUCAGAUCUACCUCUCAGCCGAGCAGUGCGAGCGCAUGGAAGGCCUGGACCUGUCCAUCUUGGGCUCCGAAGCCUCGAGCGCCCAGUGCUUGGUGCCCGGAGAAGAGGCUCUGGGCCACGACACCACCUGGACCUUGGCUGUGCAAACCUUGGGCAUCCGACGAGUGCAGGGGGACAGCUUCUGGGACGGUCUUUGGGCGCUCUUCUUCUCUCAGCUAGGUCAGCUGGUGCUGCUGAUUUUGGCGGCCACCGUCCAGCUGCGAAUGUACAGCAGCAAAAUCUUCUGGGAGUACCGGGACGUCUUCCUGGUGGAGCCUGAGGAAGUCAUUUUUGCCCGCGCACAGCGCUUCGCCCAUGAGUUCUACUGCCGCGUCAAACUCGAGGAGCGCGCUUCGAGGCACCGUAUGCAGGCACUGGUGGAAAAGCUGCACCGCACGAAGCAGAAGAUCCGGAACAUCUUGGAGCUGAAAACGGAAGAGAGCGGCGGGAAAAGCGUGCGCCGCCAAUUCAAGUACUUGAUCCAGCGGAGCCAUGAAGAUCAAGAUGUCGCCAUCGAGGAGCUUCAAAUGAACUGCGGUCUGACGAAGGAGCACGCAGACCAGGUGAUGCAGAUGUUCUCCUGCAAUGUGGAGAUUGGCAAGCAGUACGCUAACCUGCUGCAGCAGAUCGCGCUGGGCCGCCUCAAGCCGGACGGCUGGAUCUUGAGGCAGGAGGUGCAGCGGCUUCUCGACACCCUGCAGCUGGUCAAGGAGAUGUCCGGCCAGGCGCCAAAGCGGUCCGUGCCCAGUUCCAGCUCUCUCAGCCCCAAGUCAGCGCGCUCGCGGCUGGAAAGCGAGGGAACUAUGUCCUCCGAGGACACCUUGGAGCACGCAAAGAUUUGGGAGCGCUUUCAGGCAUGGUGGACUCCAUGGAAGGACUACUUUAUGAAGUGCCUCGCAGGUUUCAAGGUGAGCCAGUUCUUGUCCAGCAUCAUGUGUGACCAUGCCUUCCUGGGCUUGGACGAGGAGAAUUACUGUGUAGACGCUGCCCGAGUGAGCACGGACGAGCUAUGCGAGCACCGCGCAGGCAACAACUUGCUGCGGAUCGUUUGGAAGGCAUGGCUGUCUAAUCUGCCCAUGAUCACCGCCCUCUUCUGCACUGUUGCAUUCGUGCUGAACCGCUCAGUUUUGGACACCAUCCGCCUGUUCGUGGUCGUGUUCUUCUGCCUGCGCCAGUAUCCGUUCCCCGACAAGUGGCUAUGGACCUUUCUCAGGUACUACUCCACAGUGGUUCUGAUCCUCCGGACUCUCUACGACUUGCCCAUUGUUUGUGCGGGGCUGCAGCUACGGAGCCCGCGGCCGCAAGGGGAGAAGCGUCUCCCGUUUGAGCCUGAGGACAGCUACUCCUGGUGCCCAGUCUUCACGGAGAUAGGCUACGACAUCUUGCUGGGCCUUGCAAAAAGGUCCACGUCUUCAUCCCUGGAUCCCUCCCAGACAUGGAUUGAUGUGGCCUGGAGCUGA